ACGUAUAAAGAAGAAGACGUUGUAAAUUAUAAACAAAUUAAAAGUAAAGACAUGUAAAGUAUUUAUAACACAAAAACACACAUGAUACAUGAUGAUUAUCCAAAGAUAAAUCUAAAGAAAUUAGCUGUAAAAAGGAAGGAAAAAAUACACUAUUCUUAAAAGCGAAUCAUCUAUGAAGAAGAAACAAGCAACCCUCUUAACUAUAAAGCUAUUUAAACCAAAUUAAGAAGGAGAGCAAAACAAACGUUGAAAAAAAAGAACAUAAAUAAUAAUCUAAUGUAAAAGCAUAUAGAAACCACUCACAACAUCAUUAAGAGAAAAAGAAAAAACACAAAGAGCUCUAAGCCGCCUUCGAUUAGUUAUUUUUAUAAAAUUGAGUAAAAAACAAAAUUGAGAGAAAAAACAAAAAAUCUCCAAAAUGUAUACAUCAAUACAUUUAAAGUGGAUGCAAAAAGCAAAAGAGUAGCGAAUGAAAUUAGUUGUACGAAACUCUAGACUUUUUUUUUUGUGUGUGUACAAACUUUUGUUUUUUAUUUUUAUUUUUUACACUACAAGUGACAAGAAAAAAGUGAAAUUUUAGUUACGGCGAAGGCAAAGGAGAGUUAUAGGGAGUUGUAUGCAUAAGAAAUUAGCAAAAACCAACAACAAAUAAAAAAUAUAUAUAUUUAAGAAUAUUAAUAAUAAUUCUAACAGCAGGAAGAUACCAUACAUACAAAAAUGAAACGCUUCUGCACUCAAAAGCAAAACUAUUUCUAAAGCCAAGCUAAGACACUGUUUAGGAGAAGGCUUCUCCAAUCGCACACCCCCACACAUUGAGCGUUGAGGGGCGAGUGGAACAUUUAGUUUCGUAGCAACAUUUCGGCAGGCAUUCCAAAUGCGUUUUGGCCACCACCUUCUGAGAUACAUUUCACACUUUCAGCAGCUGAGCAGAGCAGAGCAGAGAAAAUAAAGAGAUCCAAAUAAGCAAAUGAUCCACAAAAAAUACAACUAUAUAUAUAAAGUAUAAAGUUUAUAUAUAAAACAGAAAUACCCAUAAAACAGGAGUGGGAAAGGCGGGCGGGGUAAACGGAAAAAUACUAAAAAGAAAACUGUGUAAACUGCAAAUAAUAAAAAGAAGAAGUAAAAUGGCAAGUCGUUUUCAAUGUGGGAUGAUGUGCAGCACUUUGAGGGAACGGAUAUCCCAGGAAGGACACUCAUGCAUGCAGCACACACACACACUAUCACAUUCCCAUACCCAUACACACACACACAUAUUCACGUACAGCAUUUGUUGGUGACUGGCAGCUUUUAAGAUACAUUUCGCAUUUGCUUAUCAUAAGGGUUAAGGAUAACGCUAACGCUAUAAGGCUUGUAAGAGACAAACUGAAGUAGUGCAGGAUGGAGCGACGCGGACGCAUACCGGUGGCCAAGUUCCGCACCCAGGAGGCGAAGACACGCAGCAGAAGUCGCGUUCGGGAGCCGGACUACAAUGAACAGGAUCCCGAGCAUGAUAUGUUCACUCUGCUGGAGGAUAACAUUGCCCUGAAGGAGGAGAAUAAGGCGCUCAAGAUGGAGAUUGAAACGCAUAAAACCACACAGGAGGAACAGCAGAGCCAGCACGAGAAGCUGUGCAUCCAGCUGGAGGCACUGCAGCAGCAACAGGCUAACUUCGAGACCCAAAUCAAGGAGCUGGGCGGCAAAUUCAGCAAGGCCCUUAACGAGCGCAAUGCCCUGGACAAGCUGCACAAAAUGAAGGUCGAUCAAAUACAAAAUCUAACCAGCGAGUUGGAGCACAUGCGUGAGAGACAGCAAGAGCAGGAGCCCACUCCCAGUCAGAGCCCCCAGUUGGUGCUGGGCUCGGCAGAGCUCAAGCGAAAGUUGUUCAAGAUACUGCAGCAGGGCAGCACCGACAGCGGAGACAGCAUCGGACAUCAUGAUUUUGACAGCCUGGUGGAUGUGAAUGCUGAUGGUGUGCCCAUUACCAGCGGCCUUGUGGAGCGUCUGGCGGAUGAGUUCCUGUCGCUCAAGAACGCCACAAAUGCCGUGGAGCUGCAGCUGUACGAGGCCAAUGAGAAGAUGGCCGAACUGCUGGAGCAUCAACACUCCCUGGAGGAGGAAAACGAAACGCUGCGCUCGGAGAACACCAACCUGACCAAGGUGGCCAAGCUGCUCACGGAGAACAUGAAGGAGAGUGUGGAGACCAGUCAGAAAAUGGAGAGUGCUUUGAUCAAGCUGAAGCAGCGCAACGAUGAGCUCACUGCCAAGACACGCGAUCUAACCGAUGGACAGCCCGGAGCGAGGGCCAGUCUCAAGGAGGAGCAGGCCGAAUUUGAGCAGAUCCAGGAUCAGGUGCAGCAGCAGGCUCGCGAACAUAACGAGCGCAUUGUGGAAAUGCAAAGUCUAGUGGAUGCGGCUAUAGCAAAAACUACUAACGAUGAACUAAAAAAAUUACAACUUAAGUUGGAGAUACUCGAGGAGCAGCUGCGCGAGGCACUCACGCGUGCCGACCUCGCCGAACAGCAGCUGGCAAACUAUCACAAAUCGGAGGCGAAGGCACCGGCAGUGGCUCCAGCACCGCCACCACCGGCUCCGCCCAUACCACCGCCUAUGCCGGGUAAACUGUUGUACACGGCACCGACGAAGGUCGGACUGGGGCUGGGUGGAGAUGCAGGUGGUGGUGAUGCGGGCAGCUUCAGCGAUCACAUUCUUGGCCACAACCUGCGCAGGGGCAGCGAUAAGAUAAUAGAUAACGUCAAGCAUCAGGUACAGGCCGAAGCAGCAACAGGUCUUGACGCUUUAGUGCGGGAGUUCAAGUCGGGAGGCGUUACACUACGGCGACGCAAUCGCCGCAGGACUGGCACCAGCGAGGCCCUCAAGGAGAUGUUCCAAGUACUGGAGAUAAGUCAGAAGCAGAAUCGCAACUCCAAGAUAUGCGUGGAUCUGAAUUUAAACAUUUGAUAAGCUCACAAAGGAGUUCCAAGCUCUCUAACUGGCUGCUGUCUUUGGUCUCAAAUCUCUCCGCUCAGGACUCUGCUGACUGUCGCUGAACAACAACGAACAUUCCAUGCAUUUCCAAAGUUCUAACCCUCCCUCCUAACCUCGUCUAAAAUUGUAUUAUUUUAUUAUUGUGUGCCUUUUCAGAAUGAAAUCAAAAAGCCAUUUUACCCUCUUAUAAGCUUAAGACUUUUCCUUUUCAGGAUAUAUUUAAUCCCCGGUAUCUAUACCAUAAAUUAUUUAUAUAUUGUUAUUGGCAUUUUGACAUCAACCUUAUCCGCCCUACGAUAAUGUGUUCAUUUUAACAGGUUUCGCGCUUUUUUACUAAUCUUAACAACCCCAACGAUUUAUAUGUUUUGAAUAAACUUUUAAUAUUUAACAAA